GCCGAUUUCUUCCUUGAUGUGAGGUCACAUGCUUUAACCUAGCAGCAAAUAUAUAUAGCACUACAGGCAAGUGGCAUUACUCAGAUAUUUUUCGAGGCGAGCACUCUGAAAUAAGCCAAUCUACAGGAUCAACAUUUUACAUACGUUACAAGUUGCUUGGCCUGUAUUUCAGAAAAAGUCAUUGUACUGUCGAAAACUAUAAGUUCAAGAGGAGACACGAUGGGGUUUACAUCAAAUUUGCUGAUACUUUCACAGGCCAUAUUGCUUGUUACUGUACCAGCUACUGGGGAAUCGUCUACAGAAACCCCAACUACUGCUGGAACCACAACAACCUCUGAAACAACAACAACUUCUCCUGAAACGACAACAACUACUGCUGGAACAACAACAACUACUGCUGGAACAACAACAACGUCUCCUGGAACAACAACAACGUCUGCUGGAACAACAACAACGUCUCCUGAAACGACAACAACUACCGCUGGAACAACAACAACGUCUGCUGGAACGACAACAACGUCUCCUGAAACAACAACAACUACUGCUGCUGGAACAACAACGACUACUCCUGAAACAACAACAACUUCUCCUGAAACAACAACUACUGCUGUAACAACAACAACUUCUCCUGAAACGACAACAACUACUGCUGGAACGACAACAACGUCUGCUGGAACAACAACAACGUCUCCUGGAACAACAACAACGUCUCCUGAAACAACAACAGCGUCUGCUGGAACAACAACAACUACUGCUGGAACAACAACAACUUCUCCUGAAACAACAACAACUACUCCUGAAACAACAACAACUACUGCUGUAACAACAACAACUUCUCCUCAAACAACAACAACUUCUCCUGAAACAACAACAACUACUGCUGGAAUGACAACAACAUCUGCUGUAACAACAACAACGUCUCCUGGAACAACAACAACGUCUCCUGAAACAACAACAACUACUGCUGUAACAACAACAACUUCUCCUGAAACGACAACAGCGUCUGCUGGAACAACAACAACUACUGCUGGAACAACAACAAGUACUCCUGAAACAACAACAACUACUGCUGCUGGAACAACAACGACUACUCCUGAAACAACAACAACUUCUCCUGAAACAACAACAACAACUACUGCUGUAACAACAACAACUUCUCCUGAAACAACAACAACUUCUCCUGAAACAACAACAACUACUGCUGGAAUGACAACAACAUCUGCUGGAACAACAACAACGUCUCCUGGAACAACAACAACGUCUCCUGAAACAACAACAACGUCUCCUGAAACAACAACAACGUCUCCUGAAACGACAACAACUACCGCUGGAACAACAACAACGUCUGCUGGAACGACAACAACGUCUCCUGAAACAACAACAACUACUGCUGCUGGAACAACAACGACUACUCCUGAAACAACAACAACUUCUCCUGAAACAACAACUACUGCUGUAACAACAACAACUUCUCCUGAAACGACAACAACUACUGCUGGAACGACAACAACGUCUGCUGUAACAACAACAACGUCUCCUGGAACAACAACAACGUCUCCUGAAACAACAACAGCGUCUGCUGGAACAACAACAACUACUGCUGGAACAACAACAACUUCUCCUGAAACAACAACAACUACUCCUGAAACAACAACAACUACUGCUGUAACAACAACAACUUCUCCUCAAACAACAACAACUUCUCCUGAAACAACAACAACUACUGCUGGAAUGACAACAACAUCUGCUGGAACAACAACAACGUCUCCUGGAACAACAACAACGUCUCCUGAAACAACAACAACUACUGCUGUAACAACAACAACUUCUCCUGAAACGACAACAGCGUCUGCUGGAACAACAACAACUACUGCUGGAACAACAACAAGUACUCCUGAAACAACAACAACUACUGCUGCUGGAACAACAACGACUACUCCUGAAACAACAACAACUUCUCCUGAAACAACAACAACAACUACUGCUGUAACAACAACAACUUCUCCUGAAACAACAACAACUUCUCCUGAAACAACAACAACUACUGCUGGAAUGACAACAACAUCUGCUGGAACAACAACAACGUCUCCUGGAACAACAACAACGUCUCCUGAAACAACAACAACGUCUCCUGAAACAACAACAACGUCUGCUGGAACAACAACGACAACUGCUGGAACAACAACAACUUCACCUGAAACAACAACAACAACUACAACCGCAGGGACCACAACAACUACAACGGCAGGAACCACAACAACCGGUGCAGGAACUACAACAACUGCAACAGGAACCACAACAACCAAUGCAGGAACCACAACAACUGCUGCAGGAACUACAACAACUGCUGCAGGAACUACAACAACUGCGGCAGGAACAACAACAACUGCAGCAGGAACAACAACAACUACAACGGCAGUAACCACAACAACCGGUGCAGGAACCACAGCAACUGCAGCAGGAACCACAACAACCGGUGCAGGGACCACAACAACUUCUGCAGGAACUACAACAACUGCAGCAGGAACCACAACAACCGGUGCAGGAACCACAACAACUGCUGCAGGAACCAAAACAACUGCUGCAGGAACCACAACAACCGGUGCAGAAACCACAACAACUGCUGCAGGAACCACAACAACUGCUGCAGGAACCACAACAACUGCUGCAGGAACCACAACAACUGCUGCAGGAACCACAACAACUGCUGCAGGUACCACAACAACUGCAGUAGGAACCACAACAACCGGUGCAGGAACCACAACAACUGCUGCAGGAACCACAACAACUGCAGAAGGAACUACAACAACUGGUGCAGAAACCACAACAACUGGGGCAGUAACCACACCAACUGGGGCAGUAACCACACCAACUGGUGCAGAAACCACAACAACUGCGGCAGGAACCACAACAACUGCAGCAGGAACCACAACAACUGCAGCAGGAACCACAACAACUGCUGCAGGAACCACACCAACCGGUGCAGAAACCACAACAACUGCGGCAGGAACCACAACAACUGGGGCAGGAACCACAGCAACUGGGGCAGGAACCACAACAACUGGUUCAGAAACCACAACAACUGCGGCAGGAACCACAACAACCGGUGCAGGAACCACAGCAACUGGGGCAGGAACCACAACAACUGGGGCAGGAACCACAACAACCGGUGCAGGAACCACAACAACUGCUGCAGGAACCACAACAACUGCAGCAGGAACCACAACAACUGCAGCAGGAACCACAACAACUGCAGCAGGAACCACAACAACUGCAGCAGGAACCACAGCAACUGGUGCAGGAACCACAACAACCGGUGCAGGAACCACAGCAACCGGUUCAGGAACCACAACAACCGGUGCAGGAACCACAACAACCGGUGCAGGAACCACAACAACUGCAGCAGGAACCACAACAACUGCUCCAGGAACAAUAGCUACUACUGCUCAGCCACUCACUUCCAAUAAUUUCACUUUUAAAACCGAUGAGAUUUUUACCUCCGACUUACUGAAUUCAUCAUCUCCAGGAUAUAAAGCUCGAUCCAAAAAAGUGAACAACACUUUUGACCCUUUCUUCAGAGCGAAAUUUCCCCAAUCAUAUCAUGGUCUGAAUGUGACUGGAUACGGAAAAGGAUCCAUAAUCAACAAUGUGACGGCGUUUUUCUUGUCUACAAAUGCUCCCAGUGAUGAUCAAAUUCAAACCUUUCUGAUUGAUAUAGCUAAAAACAUCACAGACUUUAACAUCACUGCAAUUUUCUUCAAUGGCACCCAAGUAUCAAGUGGAGUAAGCUACCAGACCAGUCUCGUCACUGCAUCCUUCAUGAUGCUGCUGUCAUGGUUGCUAUCAAACCAGCAAUAGUGCCAGUGCUACUCUCCAUGUGAAAUCAAAGAAUUACUGGCAUCUUCAAAUUUGGGAUGAUGACACACAAAGGUUGAACAGCAACUACACAUUUAGCUGACAGAUGUUACACAAGUUGUCUGUUUCCCUAUGACGUUCCAUGAAUCCCAACCACUAAGGAAAACAAAGAUAAUCACAAAUCAAACAACCAAAACAAUAUUAUUUUAAGUAGGUGUUGGUACAAAAGCUGUGUUUCGUGAUUGUUUUGCAUCAUGACUUAAUUAUUAGUCUCACAUGUAUGUAUUUCAGUUUUUAAAUUAUUAAAAUGGUUGUGUAUAUCACUGUAAAAUGGAAAUAUUGUUAUUAAAGGCAAUGAGGACUCAACAGAUAGAUAUCACAGCGUAA